AUGGGACGCACGAAGUUCAUCGACUCCAGCGAUAGCGAUUCUUAUGAGCUAGGAACAGUUCAUGCAGAAACGGCAUCAAAGAACGACAUCCUGUCACCAUUUGCGACCGAUGAACCUUCCGAAACGCUCUUCAAACGCAAAGAUGGACUCGAUGCACUUGCCCCCAUCAUCAACGUAGCUAAUAACCUUUCGAGCAAACCAAUUCCUACGAACGAGUGGUGGGGCAACCUUAUCAACAAAGCAGCAGCAGUGGUCACUACCGAUGCCGUCGGGGACCCCGCGUGGUCCAAUCCGUACGCGCUCAAGUUACCCACGAAAGCACCUUUUGGACUUCAAGCAUGCUACUCUUACACUUACCGUCAAACGGCCGAUGAGGUGGACGGCGUAAUCAGGUACUACCUGCACGAAUUCCACAACGACAUGACCCUGUCAGCAAACGAGUUCCGAUCGACAAAGCCGGACUAUGAAGUGUACUCCUAUAGCGACAUGGGUGUGAACGUUCGAACGUGCGUGUCGGGUAGCACAAGUUGCAUGGACUCGGCUCUUGUGCAUGGCAUGGCAUUCGUAUCAGCGACGUAUGCUGGUCUGACACCGAGAAUUGAGUCUGACCAUGUCAUGACACUUGUUGAUAGCUCAACGCCGGGCAAGUACGUGGUGCGUCUGGCAAAUAAGCAGACGUGGGUGAUUUUCGUCAGCGACACCAGUGCACCGUUCUCGAUCGAAUCGACGGGAUCAGCUCUGGUGACGAGUGCUGCUUACACAGGCACAAUUCGACUGGCGGUUCUCCCUAAAAGUAGUGAUCAGGGUGUUUACGACAAAUUCGCGUCGUGCGUCGUUCGAGGUGGUGAAGUGUCAGUGCAAUCUCGCACGAGCUACUCACUCGAGUGGGAGACGGAGGGCAGAGGGUGCAAGAGUACAGGCCUGCUGCAUUUUGCACUACCUCAUCAAGUGGAAGUCCUGAAUCGUCCGACGAUAGCUCGGAGUAAGGGUGCUGUCGUGCUGCACUCGAGCACGCAUGGCGAAAUGGUUGGUCAAGUGACCAAAUCGUCGAGCUGGACCUUGUCAGAGCCUGAGGCGGAAGGAGAAGUGGACUUUUACCCAUCUACGAAGCCUUCAGCUGACUUGGUCUCGAAAAUUAAGCUUCUUUCUACCUUGCAAAGUGACAUUGCCAGCGAUUGGGAUCUGAACACCGGCAGCUGGUAUUACAAUGGCAAGGCGUACCAGAAAUAUGCGUCACUGUGCCUGGUUGCUGCUGAUAGCUUGGUGGCAGGUGAUGACACGACGUUGCUCAAGAGCUGUAUAUCAAAACUGGAAGCACUCAUCGGUCCUUUCGUUAACAACACACUGGGCAUGCCGCUGGUGUAUGAUACAGCCUACAAAGGUAUCGUAACCAGUCAGGUUUUCGCCGCCAUUGACAUUAGCGUGGAGUUUGGGAACGGCGUGUACAAUGACCACCAUUACCACUAUGGGUACUGGGUGACGGCAUCGGCAAUUCUGAAGAAACUGGAUCCGACGUGGUCGGGCAUGGCGCAGCUCGAGGCCAUGGUGUGGACUCUUUUGCGUGAUGUUGCUAACCCGAGCUCGGAAGACGAAUACUUCCCCAAGUUCCGUCACUUUUCGUGGUAUUUAGGUCACUCGUAUUCGCACGGAGUGACUCCCAUGGCCGACGGCAAAGACGAGGAAAGCACAUCGGAGGACGUGAAUUUUUUCUAUGGCAUGAAGUUGUGGGGCAAAGUGACGGAGAACAGAGACGUUGAGGAUCUAGGUAGCCUCAUGAUGCGCCUGAAUGCCCGUGCUGUGCGCACGUAUUUCCUCAUGACAUCGGACAGUACGAUCCAUCCUCGCCAAUUCAUACCAAAUCAUGUCACGGGAAUCUAUUUUGACAACAAGGUUGACUACGCGACGUGGUUCAGUGCCGAGAAGUACUGUAUCCACGGCAUCCAGAUGAUCCCAGUAUCGCCUAUCAAUGGACUUGUCCGUUCGGCCACGUUUAUCAAGGAAGAAUGGGACGACAUUCUGUCACAGGAGAUGAUUGUCAAGAGUAACAACGUCACAAAUACCUGGUUGUCGUUGUUGCUUGUGAACAAAGCUGUCAUCGAUCAAGCGGAUGCACUAGCGAAGCUUGCGACAGCAACAAUGGACGAUGGUCUUACACGCUCAUGGGCUCUUUAUAACGCAGCAUCCCGCGGAAGUCCUACCAGCUCGACGAAUGUUGUGAAAGUACCACCAUCCAAGUCAAACGCGAAGCUUCUAGCUAUUACCACUACGAGUGCCAAGACAGCACACCCGACUGUAGCUUCCUCGGUGGAGGACACGAAUGCGCCACAGACUUCCACGACAUCCAAGCCCUUGUCGCCAGAUGUCACGGCGUUGUACUCAGUUUUUCCCAAGGCUGGUAAGAAUGCACCCACUACUUCUGCCUCCUUGACAGAUGACACAAAUGCCCCAACGACUACCGCGACAUUCAAGACCUUGUCGCCUGAAGUCAAAGUAUCGCCCCCACCAGUUCCUACGAUCGAGGUUGACAGCAAUGUAGCUAUUACCGCUGCAUCCCUUCCAUUAUCAUCUGCGAACAUGGUGACUCCGGGUCUUCCAGCCACAGUCAGGCCAAGCGAGGUUGCGGCAGCAACAGAGAUGCCAUUAACCGGCUCACAUUAUCCAGGUUGGACGCCACUGCCGCCCAGGUGGACCUCGAAUCCUCCUGGCUGGACGUCGAUACCGCCCGGCUGGACAUCACAUACACCCGGCGUGGUAGAAUCACCGACUGGCUCACAUUAUCCUGGUUGGACGUCGAUACCACCCGGAUGGACAUCAUAUACACCCGGCGUUGUAGUACCUGAACUUUCUCCGACGGUUGAGGCGGCUUCCACUAACUUGUGA